GUCACACGACUCAUACACAGUCCACGUCCGACCCCGGUAGAGGGAGGGUUGCCAGCUUGCCAACUCUGUGUUAGGUGUGCUGAAGGAGCCUUGCAGUGUCGCUAACAUACCAAGUGAUUCAGCCCGACAGUGCGGAAGGAGUGACGGGAAUAUAGAAAGAAGAUAGACGGGGCAGGAAGAGACAACAAUGUUAAGACGUGUGGCCUCUUCAUGUGUGAUGCGGAGAAAAUUGAGUGUGGUGAUGUUAUUUGUAACAAGCCUGUUGAUCCAAGAAGUGGCCUCGGAUCUUGCCAGUACUCUCAGCCUGAGGAAGUGUUACUGCAACGAGGACCAAGCCUGGGAUGACACCAAGUGUGUAAACAGUAGUACCAUAGUUCCUGUGUAUAACAAAAUAAAUUUUGAUCCAGUGAAGGAUGAAGUGGACCAAGAGAACUAUGGAGUGGCUGUUCCAACGAGCAUGCUACAGAAUGUGACAGUCAUGCCGCUGGAGAAGCAGAAGUGCCCCGAGGGUCACAUCCAUUCCACACUCACGGGUGACAUUUUACUUUUACCAGAUGGACGUUUACUGUGGCUGAGUACCAUGAGUAUAUUCACUAAUGAUGUCUUCUGCAUUGUACAUUUCUGGGAGAGGGGAAAUACUUAUUUUGAUGCCCAUAUUUGCCUGCCUCUCCCGGCGGUACCUCGCUGCUGCCCUCCAAACCAUCUCCUACAUCAGGACGGGUCCUGCCACCCUCACCAGGCUCAGACUGCCCAAGCUCCACCACUCCAGCUGGGGAAACAUGUGGUGGACUGGGAUGAUGUGGAUGGCAGUCUGGUGCCGGUCACAUGUGGUCAACAUGAAUUCCAUCACCAGAUAAAGCUCGGCACUGAGGGACAGCUGGCAGACACACAGCCCAUUGCCUCCUUAAAUUGGGAACCGGACAUUUGGGUGGCCUCCAACCCCUGGGAGAACCAAUUCUGUGUGGCACCGCAACAAACAGAAACCGGAGAACUACAGUAUGUGGCACAGAUCUGCUUCAAAGACCAUCAUCACUACUACAACCACCACUGCAACGCCAGCGCGUGUGUAAGGAAGUGUUGUCUUGAUGGUCAAGUGAUGUUUGGCAAGUUUUGUGGAUGGGCUAAUGAUGCUAGCCAGCUUUGGCAACCAGAGCAGAUCCCAGGGCAAGAGAUCAAUGAGCAAUGGAAGUUUGUAGUUGGUGAGCCAGGCUGUGCAUUCCAUCUUGAAGAAGGGGACAUGCACCUCCUCCCUAAUGGUUCCCUCUAUGUCAGUCCCGAGAGAGUUCCUGUGCCGCCCUCCAUGUACUGCAUGGACAACCGUAUAGGAGGCACUGGGGACCCUGUGAGAUUCGCCAUGAUCUGCUUCCCCCCAAAGGAAUUCACGUGCUUCUGGCGGGAUAUUUUGAUCAAGGUGAUGGUGGGAUUAUCCUGUGUGUUCUUAUUGGCGACCUUGGGGGUGUACCUUAGCGUGGCCGAGCUGAGGGACCAUACCUAUGGCCGCUGCCUAAUCUCCAUGGUGGCUGCAAUGCUCACUGCCUAUAUCUGCCAUCUAUGCGGCCCAGAGAAUGCUCCCACCAAGGCGAGCUGCUAUGCUGUGGCAUAUGUGAGACACCUGACUGUUUUGGCAGUGUUCUUCUGGCUGAAUGUCAUGUGCUUUGACAUGUGGAAGAUCUUGAGAGGCUCCACAGUGCAGCACCACAGCAGGAAAGUGUUUCUGGGCUACACACUGUAUGCAUGGGGCUGCCCAAUGGUGGUGAGCACUAUCACUUUGGUCCUUGAUAUUGUGGCACCAGACAACAUCAUCCUGCCCCAGUAUCGUGAUGGGUCAUGUUGGUUCAAAGGAGAUCAGGCAUACUGGGCCUAUUUCUCCAGCUUCAUCCUGAUAUUGGUGGUGAUCAAUAUAGGUUUCUUCAUCCAUGUUGCUGUGACACUGUACCAGAAAAUGAAGCAAAGGACCAAGAACUUUGAAACAAACUCGAGCCGAACUAACAAGACCACCAAGGCCAAGCACCAGAUGUGGCUGUUCACCAAGCUGUUUGUGGUGAUGGGUGUGGUGUGGAUCACAGACAUCCUCUCAGCCGUGAGUCACAGGAGGACUUGCACAUACUGGGUGUUUACAGACAUUAUUAAUGCGCUUCAGGGAGUCUUCAUAUUCAUAGUCGCAGUUUGCAACAAGGAUAAUCUGAAAAAGGUAAAAGAGACUUUGUUGAAGAGCUUUCCCUGUUUGAGUGUCAAAGCUUCAGCAAGCAAGACUCCUCCUUCACCCCAUGAAGCUUCCCUGAAUGAGAACCUUCUUGCUAUGUCUGUCAGAGCUUGAGUGAGAAGACUUUCCCUCUCUACUCAGUGUGAGAAACUGCUUGACUGUGAUCAAGGACGCAUGGCAGCCUCGAGUGCAAGUAAUGCACAAGACAUUCUCCACCAUGCAGGGACAGAGUUCUCAGCGCACCCAGCACACCCUAAGCAUCGAUGACACAGAAGCCUCCAGGAAGACCUCCAUCACAUCCCUUCCUCGCAAGAUCUCCCAAGCCUCCAAUAUCUUCUUUCCAAGCUCAACCAAGAAGUCUGCAAACCUCAAUCCGGCAGACUCUUCCGGGGACACGCAAGGUGGACGGAAAGGCUCAAAUGUGUCCAUCAAAGAUGUCAUUCCGCUCUCCUCCAUGCAGGAAUGAGACUGCCAUCUGGCCACUCCCCACAGCAGUAGGAAAGGAUGAGGAGCAAUAGUAAGUUUCAAGUGUUGCUUUAGUGUAAUUUGGUCUCAUUACAGUACUAUUUGCCACCUCACACAGCAGUAAAGAAGGGAGAAUAACAAUAGUAGGUCCCUAAUGUUGCCUUAGUGUAGUUUGCUCUCAGUACAGUACUGUUUGCCACACAUACAGGAAUAGAAAAGGAAGAGGAGCAGUAGUAAUUUCCCAAGUAGUAUCAUCAUGAUACUACUUGUAGUAUCAUGAUGAGUAAUUUGCUCUCAUUACAGUACUGUAUGCCACCUACACAGCAGUAAAGAAGGAAGAGGAGCAAUAGUAAGUCCCUAGUGUUGCUGCCUUAGUAUAGUUUGCUCUCUGCACAGUACUGUUGUGAUUGUGCCUGCCUGCCCAAGGGUACAGUAAACUGUGCAUGUUCACUUGCUUCCCCUUUCUGUUUUGAUCAAGCUCAUUUCAGAAUUAAAAAGAGAACCCACAACAAACAAAUUUUAUUGGGUGUUAGUGCAUAAGAUUCUAAAUAGUACAAAGUCAUGGGAUUGAUUUAGUGGUUAGCUUUGUGUUGAUGUGUCAUAAAGGCAAGCAAUGUGUCAGUAAUAGAGCAAAAUUCCUUCACAUCCCUUUAUUUCCCUUUUAUUUUUUCUAUAUGGUAUAUUUAUAUCAUAGAACAAUCAUAUCAUAAGUGAAGUGGAGUUAUUUAACAGUUAGGCUAUGUAAAUAUAUAUGCUUUGCCUUGUCCACCCAUUUGGUGUAGAGAUAGAUAUGAAUUGGCUGUCUUUUAUUGCUUUUGCAUUAUAAUGAGGUCAGUGUCUCUCAGCCAUUUUAUAGAAAUGUAAGCUACACUAAUGUUGAUUUACUCAUGGUAUCAAAUGAAUGUGCUUUAUCUUAAUUGCAGUAUUAUUACAAUUAUCAAGAUACCAUAAGUUACCAGAACUUAAGCAAUGAUUUGUAUGUAUACUUCACAGAAAAAUCAUUCUUAUACCUUGCACAAAAAAACACAGCUUGAGUAGAGGAAGCAAGUACUGUGUUCUCACUGAUGUUAGUGCCAAAUAGUAUUAGUGGCUAAAUCACUGCUCAAAUCAAGUCUUAGAGAGUAGUGUAGGUAGACUUGCAGUACUCCCGCAUAUUAAGUUUCUGUAUUUAGUCAUUUCAGUUAAGACUCACACAAGGCUUAUGAUGUAGCAGGUGUGUUCCAUGCAUGCACUUAGUUCCCAAUCCUUUGAGUGCUGAUGACAGUGUGACAUGUUACUUGGAGUAUCACUGCACAGUUUUGUUGAGCAGAAAUAAAAUAACAAGCACUGGAAGGUUUGAAGGCUCCCAGCGCUUCUUUUGUUAUCUGUGAUGUCCUUUGAAAUGAUAGUCUAAAAGUUGAUAUUUUAUUAUACAUGAAGAGAACAAGUAGCAUUCAGAGGAUUAAUGUAAUGUGUGUCUUGUAGGAUAUUCUAUCUUGGCUGUUGUGUUUCAUAAUUUCUGUCAUUCACCAGAAGCAUGUUGUACAAUGUUAUUUGUGUUCUAGAUUUUUUUAUCUCCAUCUUGUUUCAUAAUGUUAUGGAAUGUUCAUGUGAUGUCAUGGUCUGUUUAGAUUGGCUUGAUGGAUGCACAGUGGUCAAGAAGAAUGGCAUUUGUUAAUGAUAAUAUAUUACAAGAAUGCAGAAGACUCAUGUCAUUGCAUGUUUUGUUGCUAUUGAAAGGUGUGUCAUCUGGGAGUGAUUGCCACGUUUUAUUCACCUAUUACUUCCAUUGAGUGUUGUCAUCUUUGGAAUCAUAAUUGUUAUGGAAGAAUACUGACAGUGAGUCUAUGAUACUGUCACCUAAAGAUUCACAUAGAUUUAUUACUACUAUGUAACAAUUUUUUUCUAUUAAAAAUUAUAAUGGACA